AUGGUCUUGCAAUCAGCCAUGGGCUUCGAUCCUCAAAAUCUCAACUGGAAAGUGCGGGUACAGCAGGCCAAAGAGUCGGGGGAAAUCAAGCUGGAUCCCUCCAUCAUAAAGGACCACCUGGGUUCCAGCAUGUACACGGAUCACAUUCAGUUCGUGAAGGGACUUCAUCAGCUGACGCGCAGUGAUCGGACAGUAAUGACCUUAAUGUUCGUCAUCGAGUUUUUCUCGCCGGAUCGGGCAAACCUGGAGAACACGGACUCCGUGAAACAGACGCAUGACAAAUUCAAGCGUUGGCUGCAGCAGUACUUGGAAUCCACGAUGCCCGUAGUGGAAGCCGAGAGGCUGUAUCCGGAGCUACUCAAGAAGUUUCUAGAGGUGAAAAGUAUUGGGGAGGCCAGUGCCAAACUCGCGUCUAAUCUCGACAUCUCCAAACUGAAACCACUGCUUAUCGAGGUGUUCAAUCUGAAAAAGUGA